AUGGUAAAUUCAUUUAAAGUAGAAGAAGUAGAGCUGAAAUAUACAGAAAUUUUAGCACAGCUUAGGGUUGAUAAUUUUAUACAAUUUAAGGAACCAGAAACAGAACCGCUGGAUUUAUCAAUGUCAAGAGUGUGCGGUGGAAGGAUUGAACCAUCAGAUGUAUCAAUACCAGAAGUGAGAGAUAUGCCGAAGAAAUUCUGGUCUAAGAGAUAUCAAAAUGAAACAUCCAACAUCCAAACAUUCAAAAGGAAACAUCCAGAAAAUACGACCCACACAAGUGCGAAGCAGUUCAAAUGCGAAAAGGAAGAUUUCGUUGCGCUACCGAACACAUAUGUGAUGAAUCAUACUGACAAGAAAUCGUACUGUUGUCCGAAAUGUGGGAGGAAUUUCACCCCGUUAUCGGUUCUGAAUGAACAUAUGAAGAUUCAUACUGGUAAGAAAUCGCACUCUUGUCCGGAAUGUGGGAAGAAUUUCACCCAAUCGUCGAGGCUAAAUGAGCAUAAGAAAAUUCAUACCGGUGUGAAGUUGCAUUCUUGUCCGAUAUGUGGGAUGAAUUUCGCCCAGACAGCGGGUCUGUAUCAUCAUAAGCAAAUUCAUGACGGUAAGUUGCACUCUUGUUUGAAAUGUGGGAAGAAUUUCACCCAGACAACGGGUCUGUAUCAACAUAAGAAAACUCAUACCGAUGAGUUGCAUUCUU